CGCCGUUUUGUUAAUCGAGCAGCGUAACGAUGGAGCUAAAAAAAACUUCGGCACAUGAAUGUGUGCUACCAACGCAAGAUGAUCCGUACGAUCCGUUCCGGCAUCGGCGAGUGAAGAAACCCAGCCCGACCUGCUACACGAUCAUUCACAUGCUGAAGGGAUCUCUCGGAACCGGCAUCCUAGCGAUGCCGUCGGCGUUUCGUAACGGCGGCCUAGUUUUUGGCUUGCUCGGUACAACCCUCGUCGGUAUAAUCUAUGCCCACUGUGUGUAUCUGCUCGUAUCGACAUCACAAAAGUCUUCCGCUCGUACGCGGGUACCGCAGCUCGGCUUCUCGGAGACGGCCCAAUGUGUUUUCCGGCACGGGCCACACGCCACAAGACGCUUCGCUGGCGCUUCCAAGGCCUUCAUUGACUACUCGCUGCUCAUCGUCAGCUUCUUUUCCGUCUGCGUCUAUUUGCUAUUCAUCGCAACCACCCUCAAGGGUGUGAUCGGGGCUAAGCUGGAGAUCGAGUGGGACACGCGCAUCUACAUUCUGCUGACGGCCGUUCCGUUGAUUUUCGUGACGCAGGUGCGCGAUCUGCGCUAUCUCGUACCGUUUUCCGCACUCGCCAACACCAUGAUUCUGGUCACGUUCGGUAUCACGUUGUACUACAUCGUGCGUGAUCCGGUUGAUCUUACGGAUCGGCAUCUGCUACCGGAGUUAACGGCAUUGCCAUCGUUUUUCGGGACGGUGGUGUACGCGGUAGAAGGCAUCGGGGUGGUGCUUCCGGUGGAGAACAAAAUGCAACAUCCGGAACACUUUCUGGCAUGCCCGGGCGUCCUCGGUACAGUGAUCGCCUUCAUCAUGGUUCUGUACAACGUGACCGGGUUUUUCGGUUACGCACGGUACGGUCAGAAAACGGAGGCCACCGUCACGCUCAAUCUUCCGUCGGAAGAGUGGUUGGCUUUAUCGACGCAGCUCCUGGCAGCGGUUGCCAUCCUCUUCACGCUUGGUAUAUACUACUACGUACCGAUGGACAUUCUGUGGCGCAAAGUGAAACACUGCUUCGACCCGAAGCGCCAUAAUGUGGCUCAGAUUGCGAUACGUUUCGGUAUUAUGCUUACCAUGACCGCGCUGGCGCUUGGAGUGCCGGAACUGGAACCGUUCAUCGGACUCGUCGGUUCGAUCUGCUCCGCCACACUCGGUCUAAUUACACCCAUCGUGCUGGACACCGUGUUCCGCUGGUCGAUCGACGGUAGUUUCGGAUGGUACCGAUGGCGUUUGAUAAAAAAUGCCAUUCUGGUCACGUUCGGCCUGUUUAUUCUAACCGUCGGCACAUACUUUAGCAUUAAAGAUAUCGUAGCCAUAUACGGGUGA